AUGCAUACAUACUUACCACCAAGUGCAGCCAGAGUGAAGAACUGCUAUCUGAAGAAGCAAGCAGCAGCAAGGCUGAUACUGCUACUUUAUUUUAUCCUUCACUUCACCACAGUUUUGGCUCAGCAAGAAAUACUUACACCUAUAAAUUUUCAAGCAGAGGAUCGCAACUGGGAGAAGCAGUGGUGCAUAGUGGAUGAGCAAACACCAGAUGAUAUCCUACAGAUUGCUCUUAGCUGGGCAUGUGGUCCUGGAGGUGCAGAUUGUACGAUGAUUGAGCCUAAUAAAUCAUGUUACCUUUCCAAUACAGUCAGGGACCAUGCAUCUUAUGCCUUCAACAGCUACUGGCAAAAAUACAAGAAACAUGGUGGUUCUUGCUACUUCAAUGCAGCUGCAAUGGUCACCGACCUAAACCCAAGUAUGUUCACAACCUAA